AUGAUCCAGUUUGCCGUGCCAGAGAACAUUGCUAGUGGCAUCAGGUCAGGUGUCUUCCCCACCAUCCCAAGCACUGAAGCAGUGCUAGGCACAGCGGUGGACCUUCCUCCCGAGCACGCUUAUAGGGCAGUAUACGUUUGGCUGCUUGGUGAGUACUCUCUAGAGCAGCACCUUGCCUUCUGCCAAGGUCACAAGGAGGAAACGGGCUAUGAAAGUGCAAAGAGGCGAUACCAGAUUGCCUUGCAAGACGUAGAGCAAUUUGGACCAUCAGCUCGUUGA